AUGGUUAUGUAUACAGUCAUGAUGGUUUUCCCGUCUUCCGCUGUUUACUCGGUCACCACGCCAAUUUCCAAAGCUACUGACCUGAGCAUCAGCGACUUGGUUUCCGGAACAGGGGCCAUGUUUCUGUUCUAUGGAUGGGGUUGCAUCGUCUGGCAAGCUGUAGCCUUACAGUACGGGAAGAGACCCUCAUACCUCAUUUCAAUGGCAGUUUCGAUCGUUUUGAUGGGUGUGACUCCGCUUUGUACAACCAAUGGCCCUUAUCUUGCAACCAAGAUUCUUCAGGGUUUUUUUGGUGCCCCCGUAGAGUCUCUUUGCGAAAUCAGCAUGACCGACAUUUGGUUCUCCCACGAAAGACCACUAUACCUCGCCGUUUAUGGAUUGAGUCUCGCCUUUGCUGGUAAAUUUGCUCCGGUUUUUGCAGCUUUCAUCAACACUGGACAAGGUUGGGAGUGGACUCUGUGGUGGUGUGCCAUCGGCAUGGCCGUAGCCUUUGUUUACUGCUUUUUCCUGAUGGAAGAAACCAACUACGAUAGAAAGCUUCAAGUAUCGCUAACCAGUGCUGCGGGUAGUAGUGAGGACGUUGGUUCCUCCGAUAUUGUUACACCCUCAUCCGGCAAGGACUCUUCAGAGAAGAUUCCGGCUGUCAUCUCUGACCCUGCUGCAAUUGAAGCUGGCCAAGUCAUCUUACCCCGAAAGACGUACUGGCAGAAGCUCAGCGUGAUUGACAAGAAGCGUCCUAACCGUGUCUUGGAAAUCAUGUGGGCUCCGUUCAAAUUCUUCACGUUUCCAGUCAUCACCUGGGCUGGCUUCAUGUAUGGAACCAAUGCUCUUGUAUGGCCUGGAAUUCUCAAUGCCACAGCCAGCCCCACGUAUACUAAAGUCUACGGCUUUGGCAGUAAUGAUGUUGGAUAUGCGUAUUUUGGUGCGGUCGUAGGCAUGGUUGCGGGGUCACUCUGGGUUGCAUUCGCAGGACCACAGCUCGUUAUGCGCCUUGCUCGUCGCAACAAUGGAGUGGCGGAGCCAGAACACAUCAUCUGGCUCUUCCUGGCCUCUUUGGUCGCCGUGCCUUUCGCGAUGCUACUUUGGGGUCUUGGAGGAGCAGCUAGAAUUCAUUGGUUCGGUAUGGUCUUUGCACAAGGCGUGCUUGCCAUCUCUUCCACGCUCUGCCUCUCCACGGCUAUUCAGUACGCAACUUCGUCGUACCGAGAUCUUGGAGGCGAGCACAUCACCACCAUAAUUCUCAUCCGAAACACAUUGAGCUUCGCAAUCAACUAUGGAAUCACACCAUGGAUUAAUGCUAUGGGACAGAGGGAUACGUUUAUUACAGUGGCAGUCAUUGCAGGUGUCUGUAAUGCGACCAUGUUUCCAAUGAUCAUAUGGGGCAAGAAGUUGAGGAUGAGGAGCGCGGAUACAUAUUGGAGAUGGGUUGAUCAGGCGAGAGCGAAAGGAUUGAGUCACUGAAUGGCAGUGGGACGUCAGAGAGUGGCCUAUUUGAAGAGAGCAAGGACUACAAAGGAACGGUAGGAAUUCUUGACACUCAACCUCGAACAAUCAAGAGGUUCAAGAUGUCCUGUGCUUCGUUCUUCAAAUCGCGAAGCUUCUGUUGCUAGUCAC